AAACUUUCGCGUGCGACUCGCUUUUCCUACACGUCUGCAAUAUUGUUUUGUUAAUGAGCUUAGUAGCGUGCUCACUUCCUAGAGUUUCACCAGGACUACACACUGUGCUUAGACUAUUUUUUUUUGUUUCUAUUACUCUUGAGCUUUCUAUCGUUAUCGCCCGCAGACCUAAAGAACACGAAUCCAUAAUAUUGUAGACGGGGCGACAGUGAACUGUGCUGCACCGCUGUUGAACGUGUGUGUAAACUAUUGAUGGCUCGCUUGAGGGCCGGUGCGAAAUCCUUCGUCGGACAGGAAUGUGGGAGUAACUUAGUAAUGUAACCCCCUACACAUUAGUUUAAUUAUAAGCUAACCACUGCUUGUGUUUGUGUAGUGGACCGUUUAGCCAUGUUCACAUCAGUUCUGUAAUCUGGUUCUUGUAAAGAACAGAAAAUAUGGAUUCUACAGAUUAUUUCGGGAUGGAGGAUAUCCAGGAGGUAGUGGAUGCGGAGUGGUACGAGAAAAAUCUUCAACUGGCUGCAGAGCUGGGUAAAGCCUUGUUGGAAAAAAACAGAGAGCUGGAAUCUCAGUUGGUGCAGGUGCAGGCCCAGAACCAGGAUCAAACCCUGGAGAUACAGUAUUUGAAAUCUCAACUGGACACAAUGCGGACAAUGACCGAGUCAAGAAACAGAAUCUAUGAAGAGGUGGACAGGACAGCUCAGGACCUGGAGAAAAACAAUCAAAAGUUGAUCAUGGAAGCAAGGGCAGACAAACAGAAAAUUGAUAAGCAGUCUGCUCUCAUAAACCAGCUGGAGGAUAAGGUCGAUGACUUACAAAAGAAAUUGGACGACCUGAAAGCUGCGGAGAAAAAGGCCAACAAAAAAGUUCCAGACAAACGUCGGACAUCCAGCUUAAACCGACUCAGCCUCAGUGACUCAAAAGAUCAAAAUUCUGGAUUUUAUUUUGAAAAUCUGGCGUGGACAUAUUCAGACCAGUUUAAAAAUAUUCCGCUUAACCCGUACGAGAUUGAGAUCAGAAAACUCCAAGAAACAGUCCAGCGCAUGAAAGUGCAACAGACCAUUGACAGGAGAAAAAUGGAGGACGUGGAGGUAGAGUGUUCUGUGUUAAUUGAAGAGAAUCAAAGCCUGGCCAAAAAAGUAACUGUGUUAGAGACCAAACUAUCCGAAGCCAUCAUGAUCCAGUACGAGCUGGAGAGGGCUAGGAGUAGCCCGGAUCUGUUGUACAGGAAGUCUGUGGGGACAUAUGCGGAUGUUCUGGAUAUUCAUGGGGAGCUUCACGAGCCGGAGACCAGGAUGUUGAGUGAGCUGGAGCACGACGACCCAGAGCUGAGAUCUGAGGCUAAAGCUGUGAAGUUGGAGUCUGGCGGCAGUUUAUACAGCAGUACAGAAUCCAUUAACAAAGUUGCGACGGAUGCCAAGGAAAUCCAGGUGGGAGAGGAUGCCAGCUUAUCCAUCCUGGAUGAGCUAGAGUCCCAGUACCAGUCCCUCUUCACAAAGUACCAGGCUCUCAUACAGACAAAAGGUAAGAAAGAUGGUGAGGAUGAUUCAAGCAGACAGAGGCUGGCCCACAAAGAGGUUCAAACCCUGCUCCAUCUGACACUCAAUAGAGACUACUACCAGGACAGUGGUCAAAUACCCCCGUACAAGGCCCUGUUUAAAGAUAUUUUUGCCACACUCAGAAAGAACCGGAUAGAGGAGAACCCGGAUCCAGACGCGGAUAAGAGAAACUCUGCCUGCAGUCCCAUAACAUCCCCCUGCACUGAUAGAGGUCUCAUUGACGGCAGAUAGGCUUUGGUGCCGCCCCAACAUCCACCCAACUAAGUCCCCCAAGGUAAUGUUAAUGUACAUGGUUCUGUAAAGCCAGGAAGAAUAAUAUAAAAAAUGCUAAAUAUAUUGUUUGGUUGUUUAAGUUUGUUCCUAGAUUUCUGAUAUGCAGGAUAGAAGUAUUUUACUAUGGUUCAAGAUUGAUUUAUAAUAUGUUCUAUAUAAUAUACUGUAAUGUCAUCUGUCAAAAAUAUUUGUGUGCAUUUAGUUUUUUUUCCAUAAUUCUUACUCAGCCAUUUGAUAUGGUUUAUGCUCAGUACUGUCCCUUGAUGAGUCUAGUACUGUCCCCUUGAUUGAGUCUGGUACUGUCCCCUUGAUUGAGUCUGGUACUGUCCCCUUGAUUGAGUCUGGUACUGUCCCCUUGAUUGAGUCUGGUACUGUCCCCUUGAUUGAGUCUGGUACUGUCCCCUUGAUUGAGUCUGGUACUGUCCCCUUGAUUGAGUCUGGUACUGUCCCCUUGAUUGAGUCUGGUACUGUCCCCUUGAUUGAGUUCAGCACUGGCAAGUUCUGCCAAUGAUUUAAGUCUGUGAUGACCACUUGUUAAGUCCAGUCUUGGCCUACCUAAACAUGUGACAAAGCUACACCAGCAUUGGCCAACCGUCAUGUGCAGUGUGACUUAAAAAUUGGAACAUUCUAGUUCUAGUCAUGCAUAAACAUCUUAUAAAACCAAACUGUCAGUAUUGUAGCUAUUAUAAUUCAUUAUUCUGUGAGGGGUAAAUGUCUUAAAGAAUUUAGUUAAUUUGUUUGUCAUUUUUUCUAGUCAUUUCUCAUUUACUUCUUACAAUAUAAAGUGAGAUUUUUUUUGUACAUUUGUAAUUACUGGUUUCUGUUGUGGUGAAGAUUAUUUGAGAAAAGUUUUUUUCAUUUUUAUUUAUUUUUGUAUCAUAUAAAACUUGUAAUAAAACUAAAAUUUUUGUUUACUUGAGCAUUUACAGGGUAGACUACCAAUGAAAUAAAUUAUGUGACAACUGGUCUUCCAUACGUUUAAGAUUUGAAAUUGGAAAAAACCAAAUAUAUCUAGAAGUUUCCUGGUUAAGAAAGGAGUGGUUAAUAUUUAUAGAAAUCAUAGUGAAUUUAAAACUUACAAUAAUAUUUUCUUUUCUUUUGUCUUAUCAGCAUUAUAUUUUACAACUGUGGUAAGCAACCUGUCUUAAUGAAAUGUUUUAUUUUCAAACAUUUUUUUUUAAUGUGCCAGUUGUAGUGAUAAAAUGAUACCCAAAAUGCAAAUACUUUUAAUUUUACAAAUGUGUUGUUUUGUUUUUCAAUUUAUAAAACUUUGCUCUUGCAGUGAUAAAGCAUGGUAGGUGUUGUUCCCAUAAUGCAAACAUUUUUUUUUAUACAAAUGUAUAGGUUGUUUUUUUUAAUUUAUGAAACUUUGCAGGUCUAAAUACUAGAUAAAACAUGUAAGGUAUUGAGAUCAUGUUUAUGUUUUUGUGAUAUGUUAUACAUGCCAGUGUAUCUGUGUUUUGACACAAACUGUGACAUCCAUUUUAUACUAGACUAUGUUUGGUCUGCAUUUCUGCAUGGGUGUGCAGUGGUUUAUAAAGUAUGUGAACGUCAUCUAUUCUGUUACACUUUUCAAUUCUUGAACAUGUGUAUCAAUUCUUGAACAUGUGUAUCAAUCCUUGAACAUGUGCAUCAAUCCUUGAACAUGCGUUAAAAUAAUUGUGUUCACUGCUGUUUCACUGAAGAUCAUUCGUAUGUCAGUUCUUUAUCAUCCUGUCAUCUGAACUUCAAGUUUUCAUCCACUCUUGUACAUUUCCAAAACAAAAACACUUCUCAAAAUAGAUUUUUCUUGGCAAUAAAUAUAAUAUAGGACACUGUCACAAUUCAAGGUCAGAUGUCAUGUGAUCAGUUUACUGAACCCUUAAAGUUAAACCUGUAAUUUUUAAAUAUUUGUCUUAAGUUUUAUGGUCAAAUUUUAAUGACAUAAACCAUUGCUUUAAAAUGUAUCCUACUGAUCGCUUUCUUACACAGAAUGAGGUAUGGUCCUUUAGAGAUUCCUUACUCCAAGAGCCUGUAAUCUAAGUUAAUCUCUAUACUUUAAAUCAAAUCUGUAAGGCUUGUACACCUCAGUUCAUGUAUAUUGUAUAACGUCUACAGACUGGAUAACCUACUCUUAAGCUAACUUUUGUUUUGUUUAACACUGUUCACCACACAUUUUCUUUGUUUUGGUUAGCAUGUUCACUUUGUCCUGACAAUGUGAAGCAUACCUUGAGAUGUUGCCACCAUCACAUACAUCGCUAUAGGCAGAUGACUCUGCCUGCUACUACUUAUUGUUAACAUCAGCUCUAUGUUUUUUCCAGCUCAUAUACGUACAUCUUUUCAGCAAACCCAUUCAGUCCGCAUUCCAUGGUUUUCUCUGUGAGGUUUUUACACCUAUCUACAUGCUCAUUAGUUAUCAGAGUAUUCCAUAUUGUGUUAGAUUUUUAAAAAUGUUCUUUGUGAUUAUCUAGUCCAGUCAGUAUAAGGUAGUUCAUCUCUGUAGCAUGUAGUUUGAUCUGUUACCUGAUGUCCAGACACCCUGGACAUUGACCUAAGGUCCAGACACCUGGACAUUGACCUGAGGUCAAGACACCCUGUGAUGACAGUGGAACAAAUAGCCGGCCAUCUUUAUAUAAAUCUUUUAAUCAAAACUCUGUCAAUUCUUGAAAAAUUCCUCAUUACCACUUUCCCCUAUUCCAACUACAUAACCUUCCUGCUGCUUUACCCUGCAGAUAUUUUAAACUCUGUUUCUUACUUAGCUUCAGAUGUUAUACAUUUUUUUAAUUUUUAGUACAAUUUUUUUUUUAUAUUUUAAACCAGUUGUAACAUUGUGAUCAAUGUGAUUUAAUUUAUUCAAUAAAAUCUAAGUCUUGCA